UAGCGUGCGUCAGCUGAUGCGUAGCGUCACGUAAUGAGCGGUGGUGGGGGGCUGGUCCUCCUCGCGCUGAGCUCCUCUGCAGCUCUCAGUAGCUUCCUGCCCGCUGUUGCUCUUGACAAGCAGCUCCUUCUCAUCACUGGUCAUGUGCCUCUCACCCUGCCUGUCUCUGGCUGCGCAGCAGGAACCCGAGAGGCUGGCUCUGUGAAGCCAGACACCGGUAGAGCUUCACCGGCCCACGAGAGCAGGUCAUGGAGGCCCCGGUGGAAGAGAAGGAGCCGUCCGCGAUGGACAAAUCCCUGCCUCUGCCUACCUUGAGCCCGGCCGUGCCCCCCUUCGUCACGUUGGGCCUGACGGUGGUCUACACCGUCUUUUACUCUCUCCUGUUUAUCUUCAUCUACAUCCAGCUGUGGUUGGUCCUGCGGUACCGACACAAGCGCUUCAGCUACCAGACCGUGUUCCUGUUCCUGUGCCUGCUGUGGUCGGCGCUGCGCACCGUGCUUUUCUCCUUCUACUUCAAGAACUUUGUCACGGCCAACACUCUGGGGCCCUUUCCCUUCUGGCUGCUCUACUGCUUCCCUGUCUGCCUCCAGUUCUUCACAGUCAGUCUCAUGAACCUAUAUUUUGCACAGGUCAUUUUUAAGGCAAAGUCGAAAUAUGCACCAGAGCUUUUGAGAUACAGGCUGCCGCUGUACCUGCUCUUCCUGUUUGUCAGCCUGGUGUUUUUAGUUGUGAAUUUAGCAUGUGCCCUGCUGGUGAAGAUGUCUUCUGCAGAAGCCCACACCAUUGUGCUAGUGAGGGUUGCAAUCAACGACACGCUGUUCGUCCUGUGCGCCAUCUCGCUCUCUAUGUGUCUUUACAAGAUCGCUAAGAUGUCACUGGCCAACAUUUACCUGGAAUCUAAGGGGACUUCAGUGUGCCAGGUGACAGUCAUAGGAGCCAUCGUCAUCCUCCUGUACUCAUCCAGGGCCUGCUACAAUCUGGUUGUUUUGGGACUUUCUAACAGGAGCAUUAACUCCUUUGACUAUGACUGGUACAACGUUUCUGAUCAGGCAGAUUUACAGUCAACUCUGGGCGACACUGGCUACAUCAUCUUCGGGGUGAUCUUGUUUGUAUGGGAACUGCUGCCCACUUCUCUUGUGGUUUUCUUCUUCAGAGUUCGGCAGCCUAACCUAGACAGGAGUGGCUCAGGGCUUCCUGGACACGUCUUCUCCUCUAGGGCCUAUUUUUUCGAUAACCCACGGCGUUACGACAGCGAUGAUGAUCUAGCGUGGAGUGUCAUGCCUCAGAACAUCCAAGCCAGUCUGGCUGCUGACAGUUACGAGUGGGGAAGCCAAGGCAGCGGCAUUGGUGCCUAUAUUGGAGGGGACGACAGUUACCAGCUUCCUCCUCCUCCAGAGGAGCUCAGUCAUUAUUGACUGCCGUGACCUGUGGCUUUUAUUUGUAUAUUUUUGCACAGUCUCUUUUAUUGACUGAGGCACUGGGGGAUGAAAGUCACCCUCAAUACAUCCACAUAUUUACUGUGUCUAGAGAAGAAGAACUAACACUUUUUGUAUGCCAGUAUAUGAUGGCCCACUGACAAGACAUUAAUUUGCACACUUGUACAAAGUAUCAUCUAAUGUUGAAUGCUCUGAAACAGUUGUAUAGUUUAUAAUGAAUACUGUAAUAUAAGUCCUGACCUUUGUAAUAUGUAUUGCAUUACUAUUUUAUGUACUGUCUAUGGAGACAUUCUUUUUCAUAAAUAUGUUCAAACUGAGGAAAUAUUAAUUUAAUUCAUAUU